UGUGGAGCAGCGCCUCAGGGCUGUGCCCCUCAGCGCUGGGCAGUGUUAUGGCGUGGACCUACGGAGCUCGGCACCGCCUGCUCCUGGGUUUCCUCUGGGAAAUGAGGGGUGGCUAAUGAGAACAGCUUGUGUGUGGUGAUGGAGGAAAGGCUGGGCACUGUGGAGAGGCGGCUGCGCCCCAUGGGUGUGUGUGGGUGUAAGCACGCUGUUGCAUGGUGUUCUCACAGAGGCCGUCCUUUCUGCAAGGAGGAGGCCAGGGGUAAACGUGCCUCAGCAUUGUGUCCGUCCCCCCUGCCCCCCUGCACACCUCCCUGCCAUGCUGUGCACCCAGAGCCGCGGCCCUGCUGGCGUCAGCAUGCAGCCACCCCUCAGUGCUCUGUCUGUGGUGUUUGCAGAUCCAUUCAUGGAGCUCUUGGAAGGGAAGAAAAUCUCUUGGAAGAAACUCCUCACCUUCCUCCUCUUCAGCUUCAUCUUCAGCUUCUGCCUCUUUGCUUCUCUUCGUCAGUUCAGGACUCCCAAGCCAGAGGAUUACAAUUUGCAUCCUGCUACAGAAAGAUCCCAAGCUGGAAGUACCAGCACGCCACCGAAGAGUGAGCGCAGGCUGACCAUCCUGCUGUGGACAUGGCCCUUUGGUCACCGCUUUACUUUUAGCAACUGCUCGGAGUUCUUUGACACCCCGAACUGCCACUUCACUGUCAACCGCAGCUGGUCCCAAAAGGCAGAUGCUGUGAUAAUGCAUCACAGGGAUGUGUACAGGGACAGAGAGAGGCUGGCUCAGCUCCCCAGACUCCCAUCCCAGCGCUGGAUCUGGUUCAAUAUGGAGUCCCCAAGUCACUCUCCAAACUUAGGUGCCAUGGACAACCUCUUCAACCUGACUAUGUCAUACCGGAGAGACUCGGACAUCUUCACCCCUUAUGGGGAGCUGCAGCUGCUCAGCCAGCCCCAGCCCUUCAGCAUCCCACCCAAGACCAAGAUGGUGGCCUGGGUGGUCAGCAACUGGAGACCAAGCUCCCACCGGGUGAAAUACUACGAGGAGCUGAAGAAACACAUCCCCGUGGAUGUGUACGGGCGGCAGCACUUGCCCCUGUCCAUGGACAUGCUCCUUCACACUGUGUCCCAGUACAACUUCUACUUGGCCUUUGAGAACUCAGAGCACAAAGACUACAUCACUGAGAAGCUCUGGAGGAAUGCCCUGUCCUCUGGCACCAUCCCUGUUGUUCUGGGGCCGCCUCGAGAAAACUACGAGCACUUCUUGCCCCCUGACUCCUUCAUCCAUGUCGAUGACUUUGCCAGCGCUGGUGAACUGGCGCAGUACCUGCAGGAGCUGAGCAGGGACACCGAGAGGUACCAGCGCUACUUCCAGUGGCGCAAGUGGCUGAAACCUGUGCUGGGGAUUGGCUGGAGCAUGCAAGUCUGCAGAGCCUGUCACUUCCUGCAGAGGACAGAGGCCAGCUACCAGGUUGUGCCCGAUCUCUCCAAGUGGUUCGUCUAACAGCUGUUUGCUCAGCUCUCUGCUGCGUUGCGAUCGUUUUGUCCUUGCUGGAUGGCUGGCCUGAAGGCUGAUUGAAUAUGAUGGAACUGGAGGGACGAGAGGAGCUUUGAAACAAACAGUAAUGGGGAAGCGUUUUGGUGUUGGGUAUGCCUUUGUCUUACUAGAGAAUAGACUAUCAGAUAGAGUAGGACAUUGUAUUUUGCUGAUUCAUUAGGUACCUGAACAAUGUGUUAUGCUGGCUGCAGCUCGGUCUUUGUAGAAGCUCAGUGCAAAAUGCUCUUUUUUUUUGUUUUAACGUCCAGUCUCUGCAAACAGUUCUGCAUGGACUCCAUUGAUUGAAGGGCAGAAGCAAGAGAUAGAGAGGGGAAGGUGGAGAAGCAAUAUAUACAAUCAUAAAUCAGCUUCAAGGACUUUGUACUGUGCAAAGCUGUAGCUGGAAGGGGCAGCCAUGCCGUGCGACUGCUGCUGCUGCAGGAGGAGCGACCAUGCUCCUCCCUCCUGACCUUUCUUUGCCUCAGGCUCUGCCUUUGGGGUGCUGCAUCAGGAUGCUAAGCAUGCAGGAGGCUGCUGCCUUUAUUUUACAAGUCUGUUUUUUGGACAGUUUAGUGAGACAGCAUCGGUCUGGGGAAGGAUCUAACAGGAGCGUACUGGUGCGGGUAAGGCGUGGAGUGCCAGAGAUGGGCCCUGAAAAUGCUGUGAAAUUUUCACACCCGCAGCACCCUAUGGCAAGGAAAUGCUGAGCACGGCUGGGUGACAGGCUGCCUCCUCCUGUGUGCUCAAAUGUCCCAUCUUCUGCCAUCAGCUGAUGGCCGUGCUCCAGGCCGUGCAUUACAAACACCUUUUUGUGUUUGACCUUUACUGAACUUCCUGCUACCACUGGAAAGUUUACUUUCCAACUGGGGAGCCCCAUUGCGUGGAGAUGAGGGACACAGCCCAGGCUCCCUGCUGCCACCUCCGGACGUCCAGCUUGUCUUCCUGACUGCUGCUGAGCCCUGAGCGGAGGUUUCCAAAGGUCUGCCAUAGCCCCAGGAUGUUUCCAUGAGGAAAGUCAGCUCCAAGUCCAGCGAUGCAUAUAGAGAUACAAUUGUUUUCUCCAUCAGCACAGUUUAGUAAAGAUUUCCAAAGAAUUCCCUCUGCAUAUCCUUGCACAGUCACUCUGUAGCUGAUGAUCCACCAGCAAGAGCUUAUCUUUAGCAUUCUGAGUCUGUUCUUUUCUUUCACAACCUUUGUCCCCCCCUUUUUUCCCCUCUGCUUUACGGAUUGGUUGAAUAUAUUGAUCAUCACAGGCCUAAGAAUAAAUCCUUCACUCUGAAAUCUGAACUUUUUUUCCUCCUUUAUUUCCUAUCCUUCUGAUAGUACCCGUCUAGAUGGGGCUUCACCAAUGCUGCUUCGUUUCUUGAAGAGCCUUUGCUGGAUCUUAGCGAAGAAAUUCACGUAGAGAAACAUGCCACAUCUUCCUUGUCUGCGUGCUUGCUGACUGCUUCGAAGAAGAGCAAGAUCUUUGUGAAGCAUCCAUCUUUAUCGCCAAACAAUUGUCCAUGCUUCUGCCCCUGCCUUGCCUGCCUGCAGACACACACCUCUCUCCUUUAGCUCCUGGAUGCACCGACCGACCUGGUGUUCUUCCCAUCUCUAAGCCCACUAGGUCCUGAGCAGCUGGAGAAAUGUAAGGUGUUAACGCUGUUGACUGAGCUGGGAUAGAUGUGAUUAGAGAGUAAUAAUAUUCCGCGGGUGAUCUCCAGGAGCAGCCUCUUCCUGCCGAGGAUGGGCUGGAAGGGACAUGGGACUGGCAGGACAAAAUCCAGCACGAACCUGCCGCUCCUCAGUGACGUGGAGGCACACACAGGCUGAGUUCCUUAUGGGAUGAGAAAGCUGACACCGCAGUUGGGAAACUCUGGAAGGGGCGACUUAAUCGAAGGAAACAUCUGGAUGGCUGCGCCGCGGGGCCUGGGGCUGGUUUUUCCCAUCUGUACCCACUUGGGAAAAUGCCAUACGUCGGGGUGAGGGGCUCCUUUAAGUCCCUCACAGAGGUGAUGUGAAAAUGCCCUGUUCCCCCCAAACCUCCCGUGCUUUCACCUGAAGGCAAUAGGAGCCAGGCUGAAAUGCUCCCAGCUGAUGCUUUUGGGGAGAGAUGGUCUGGAAAACAAAGGGAAGGAUUUACUUCCCCAAAAGGAGAGCAAGAAGCUGAACCUCAUGGGAAACUGGGGAAAAAGAGUAAUGUAAAAAAGUUGAGGUUUUGGAGCAGGAUCUAAGCAGACAGUUGCAAUCUAAGGCAGGAGGUGGUCAGCCUUCCCCAGUGUCAGCUGGCAUGGUGUGGCGUGGGGUUCUAUCCUUCCCCUGGGGCUUCCCUGUCCCCUUGUAGCCUGGAGAAGGGCAGUGGCCCCUGACCCCAAGUAUUUUCAGCAUCUUAGGAAACAUCCCCAUGGCCCCACUGAGCUUUGUACCCAUGUACAUGUACCUUUGUACUCUGCUCUGUAGGGCUACCAGGAGCAGAGAGGAGGGGCA